UUAUUAUAGUUUUUCAUUUUUAUAUUAAACUCGGUGUACACGGUAUUCAUUCAUGGCAAAUUCUUUUAUGAGCUGCUGUCUCCGGCAGCAUGAUGCUGACACAAUCUUUGAACCUGUGGAAGAUUAUACAUAUGAAGAAGAUGUAAACUAUGGGGUCCCAGUACUAAGGGUACUUAGUAUAGAUGUUUGUGCCCGAGCGAUUCUGGAUCACGUGCCCCUAAAAGAGCUGGUGCGCUCUGAACGGGUCUGCCGAAGGUGGCAGAUUGCAAUUGAUGAAUAUAUGCAGAGUAUUUACACAGUGAGCUUUUAUGAUCUUUUUGAUAGAGAUGCAUCUCUACUUGCCGAAUAUGGUAGUAGUGAUAAAAGUGAGAGCUGUAGCUACCACCGAAGAAUACAAAUCAGUGCUGACGCAUGUUCCAUUUCAUUUGCUUGUGCAAUCAUCGAGAAAUGGGGCGGUUCUAUAGAUAAUGUAUUUACUUCAAGGCAGGAAGAGGAAUAUUUUGACCUUAUAUCCCUGAAAUGUAAAUACUUGCACUGUAUCAAGUUUGUUGGUCAAAGAAAAAGAAAACAAAACUUCUUAAACCAGUUUUUUCAGGGUAGGCAAAGUGGAAAACAGAUUGUUAUCCCAUUAGAUCAACUCAAUCAAUGCAAGCAUUUGAAGAAGAUAGCAUUUAAACAUAUAUUUGAUUUGAGAGAUGAUGACAUGGCUAUAAUACUUAAAAAUAUUGAUUGUGAAGAACUAGAGAUCUGUAAUAUUAAUUUGUAUGGAGAUAGUUUGCUAACAAUUAAACCGAAUAGCUUGAAAUCUUUGAACAUUAGUUAUAUGUGGACGUAUUUCUUAUUUAAUUGUUUUAUGAGUGCUACCAAAAACAUGCACAAUUUGAGAAGUUUGACACUAGACAACAACUACUUAAGCAUGUUCACCCAUGUGCAUUUAAUUUUGAAUGAAAUGCCCGAGUUAGAAUGUUUAUCAUUAUGUCACUAUUAUUAUGACUCGUUAGAGUUACGAUGGGAUAAUGAUUACCAGACUAGCGGAUUUAUUGAAUCUCUAUGUCGACUUCGUAAGUUAAAGCGGCUUUAUCUUAGUGGCAAUGAAACUGUUGAUGACGAAAUGUUGGAAGAGUUAGUGAAAUGUAAAAGUUUGGAGUAUUUGGACAUAAGUAAUGACACUGGACGUUAUACAUUUUGGAGCGCACGGGGCGUAGCGGCAUUGUGCCAGAGGCCUGCAGUCACUACUCUCUGCUUGGGUUACAUCCAAAACAUGCCAUCUACAGAUCUUCUGCGCCGCGUUAGAAAUAUCAAAAUGCCUAUGGUUGAGCAGCUAGAGACUAUAAGCUGCGUGGAGUUCACGCCGCAAUGGAUUGAGAAAGCCUCUAGAGCCUCUAUGAAGGAAAGACAUCGGCUUGAGGUAGAAGCUAUAACCGUGCCAGCAAUGAAAGAGGAAUUUCACCCCGAUCUAAAAAUCGUGUUAAGUGUAGCUCACCACUAUUAAUAACCGAAUAACAA